GCAGCAGAGAGAGAUAAUUGUCGUAUCUGUCAGAUCGGUGCCUAGAUUCGAGCCGGCUAAAUCCAACGGUUAAUAAAUUAAACACGUCAUCAAAUAUUGACUAAAUAGUUGACAACGACGACGACCGUAUCAGAUCUCUCUCUCUCUCUCUCUGCGUUUAAAACUUCAAAAAGAAAGAAAAGCUCACUUUUUCGGUAAAAGCUUUGAAAACAGAGGAUUCAAACUUCAAAGCGAGAUGACGAGUGGAGGAGGAUACGGAGAUCCGUCGCAGAAGAUUGAUUACGUGUUCAAAGUUGUGCUGAUCGGCGAUUCAGCGGUUGGGAAAUCUCAGAUACUGGCGAGAUAUGCGAGAGACGAGUUCAGUUUGGAUUCUAAAGCCACCAUCGGCGUUGAGUUUCAGACUAGGACGCUUGUUAUUGAUCACAAGAGUGUUAAGGCUCAGAUCUGGGAUACCGCCGGCCAAGAACGAUACAGAGCGGUAACGAGUGCAUAUUACCGAGGAGCGGUUGGGGCGAUGUUGGUUUAUGAUAUAACCAGACGCCAAACCUUUGAUCAUAUCCCAAGAUGGCUAGAAGAAUUGCGUGCUCAUGCAGAUAAGAACAUUGUGAUCAUCCUUAUUGGUAACAAGUCAGAUCUUGUUGAUCAACGAGCUAUACCGACUGAAGAUGCUAAAGAAUUUGCAGAGAAAGAAGGCUUGUUCUUCUUGGAGACAUCUGCGUUUAACGCAACCAAUGUCGAGAGCGCUUUCUCCACGGUUUUGACUGAGAUCUUCAACAUUGUGAACAAGAAAAGUCUUGCGGCGAGUGAAGAUCAAGAGAACGGCAAUCCAGGGUCGCUUGCUGGUAAGAAGAUUGAUAUUGUUCCGGGUCCUGGUCAAGUGAUACCAACGAAGAGUAACAUGUGUUGUAACUCUUAGAUAACCCAAUUCAAUUCUUGAAUUUUUAUUUGACAAUAUAUAUAUAUAUAUAGAUAGAUAUUUGUAAGACUCUGGUUGGGAUUGUUUCUCCUCCUAAUCCAGAGUUGUGUGAUUCGUUUUUGUUGCUUGAUUAGCAGUUUUUUAUGGGGGGCUUUGAAAACUUAUCUUAAAAGGUCAAAUUGGACCUUAAUUUGAUUAACAUGGUUUUAUUUUG